AUGGAAGAGCACGUCAAGAAGACGUCCCAGAAAGUAGAUCGCGCGGAACGUGAUCUCGCUGCACUGACGCAGUCCAAAGACCUUGUAUACACAAGUCUUGAACCAACGCUCGCAAAGUUUCGCGAUGUAUCGCUGGAUCUGUUCUUUCAGGAUAUCAAAGUUGCGACAUCCAAGGACGUUGAGACCCGCCUGUGGGCUGGUCACGUCAAAGUGAAUGUGUCCUUCAGGACCUAUCUCGCUUCCCUUCGUCGAGAGGAGAACCGCAAGAAGACUGUAGAACGUCGCAAGGCCGAAAAGAUGUACCUUGAUUUCAUCAAGUCCUCGCAGCGUUUCUACCGCGGCUUUAUCCAGCGAAUCUGCUCUCAUUUCGGGAAUCUCGGCGAAAUCUACAGCAUCGCCAGCAAGAUGCACCUCGACAUCACCUCCGUCGACGCACCAAUCGAAGCCAGCGCUGAUCAAAAACGCCAACUUGUGCGCUCAUGCCACACUGCCCUCAUACAGUGUGGCGACCUGUCGCGCUACCGAGAAAUUGAGCUCAAUCAAAAGGAGCGCAACUGGGGCCCCGCAAAAGGCUACUAUGAGUGCGCCGCCGAGCUCGAUCCGACAUCUGGUCGUUCGUUCAAUCAGUUGUCUGUCAUGGCCCUCGCCGACGGCGAUCACUUCCGAGCCCUGUUCUACCUCUAUCGAUGCUUGGCCAUGCCUGCGAGCUUUGAAAACGCCCCAGGUAAUUUACUCACGGAAGUAAAGAAGCUUCGCAACAAAAGUCUUUCUCCUGCCAGUCUCGAGACGAAGCUUGGAGACAGCGAGAUUCCAUUUCUUAAGUUCCAUGGUCAAUGCUAUGCAAGCAAUGGCUUUCCCAGUUCUGAGGCAGAAGAAGUUGGUUUACUAUCCAGAUUGUCUCAGGUCGUGACUUCUCAGCCCUGCAACGCCUCAUUGAGAAAGCUGUGCCUGAUCAAUAUAGCGGCUAGCAAGCAUGCGAGAGAAUGUGCUCGAAACCCUCCCUUGCUGAAGGAAACAAUAACCCCUGAACAGUACGCCGAAACUUGGAGGCUGCUCCAGUCUCUGAAUCUCUCCACGUUCACCACCUUUUUGCGCCUGUUCUCGGAUCAGCUCAAGCCCAUCGCUUUGGAGGUUGGCCGUCUUCCUGGGCCAUCGGAAAGCAUUGCUAGGCUAACGCCUGUCUGCCGGCGCCUACUUCCCUGUCUGCGCCUUUACAGUGGUUGGUUACUGGCUGACCUUCCUUUGCUGCUUACAUAUGAGGCUUCCGGCACCGAUGUUGGUCUCAAAGCCUUCUGGCCGGCGUAUGCGGAUGCAUUGAGCUAUCUGUCCGAACUCUUCCCAGUCAGCACCUUCUUGAACAUCCCAUACCUUCUCGAGGAAGAACAAGACACCUUGCACUUCAACCCUUUCGAGGAUGUUACUCGGAAGUUCCUUCAUAUGAAUGACCAAGGAGUUUUGAAGCCGUACCGUGGCCAGUGCAAUGCGCCGCUCGUCCCUGACGCGCAGAGACCGGAUACGGAGAUGCUUUUCAGGAUCAAAGGUCUGCUCAAGGUGGGUAUUCAUCUAGUCAAAAAUCAGCUUGAGUUCGGUCCAAGCCAGGUCCCUCUUAUCUUCAAGGAUAACCAAUUCGAGUACCAGUCGUCUCCAGAAGCUCUCAAUACUUCCUCGGAUGGCCUUGGUGCUGAUACAGCUGGCGCUCAAGUGUAUGCGAACGAUGCUUUACUUUCGCCCAUCAGUAGAGUCGGUCAUACAGACCCCGAAAACAUCGAGAAUAUGGUUGAUGACCUGGUGGGACCUGAGCCAGCCAGUACUCGCGGGCGACCAGACUCUCGCAUGAAUAGCUCGGGUAUCCUGGACGGAUCCAGCAAAGAGAGCUCUAGACCCACCUCUGGCAUCCUCACUGCCUCAGACCUCGUGCGCCAGAUUUCUCAGGGUUCACCUGCCGGAAAUUUCAGCACUCCUGUGCACCAGAGCAGCCACCGGGCGUCUUUCGGGCUUUACCAGACCCCAUUCGCGCCAAUGCCAGGUGAGUUUGGCAGCUCCGUGACCGGUUCCCGGCCUGGUACUGCACACCAAACAACAUCGCCGCGCGUUGGCCACUUUGGGUCUAGCGCCAGCUUCCAGGACGACAUCACCAAGCGACAGAAAGCAAUUGAGGCGCGGUCUUCGCCCAUCAUGUCUCUGGAACCUUCAGGAGUUUCAAGUACGCCUACUGGAUUUUAUACGUUUGCUCAGGAUCGCUCUCGAGCAUCGCUGCAGCAAGAUCAGUGGCCAUCGCCCCUCUCUGCCUCAGCUGCCGCCUCUGACUUUGUCGUCAGGAAGGCGCACAGCCCGUCCAAAUUUGGAGCUAUUGGGGAUUCGAGGCCAAAGAUGGCAAAGGCACCGAGGAGUGGGCAGCCAGGCUAG